AUGCAUAUCUAUCCACCAGCUUCAUCUCGUGUUUUCUUCUCUCUUCUUGAAGGUGUUCGGCACAUUGAAGAUAGUGCAUUUAUAAGUUGCGCGCAUCUAGAGUCUAUAAUGCUGCCUGAAAAUUCACUCACUAGUAUUGGUGUAAGUGCAUUUCAAGGAUGUACAUCACUGAAACAAAUUACUAUUCCAUCCAGUAUACAAAGCAUUGGAUCUAAUGCGUUCUUGGACUGUCCUCAAUUGAAAUGUGGAGUUCUAAUUCAAGGAACAAGUAAAAAAGCUAUUGUUAAGUUGUUAAAGUCUUCUGGACUUCAAAUUGAUUCCUUAAAUUUUUGUGAAGGUUAUUCAUGUAAAAAUGAUUAUCAUAGUAUUGUUCGUGUUUCAUUUUCUUAUAUUACUGUAUUUAUUUUAAUGUGA